AUGCAAGUGGAAUCGAGCGCUUCACCUCUAUUGACGAUUGACGAAGUGGAAAACGUCCAACGUCAACGGGUAGCUAGCCUUAUCGGCCAUGUGUUCCAACUGACUUAUGCGGCUACGGUAGACAAACUCAUUCAAGAAGAAAAGCUGAAUCGCUGCCACGGUUGUGCUAUUCAACACCCAAGUCAAAACCAACAUUCUUGCCUCAUGAUGGAUAAUGAUGACGCAUGGAUGUGUUACCAUGAUGAAGUGGUGGAACAAUUUGACCUUAAUGUUAUAUUAAAAACGGCUGAAAGUGUGUGCAGUGCUCUUGGUUUCAAACUUGAAAAACGUGGGAAGCGUACGUGA